AAAGAACUUUGCCUCGCUCACUCGUCGUCCGGCGCGCGUUCGAUAUAGGAGUCAAGACUUUCCUCUAUUCCUCUUUUUAACCCGUUUUUAACUCUUCUCACGUCAACCACCUAACUCACAAAAUGUCUAGUCUAACAGAUCCUGUGGCAUUCGCCAAAGAUUUUCUUGCCGGUGGAAUUGCCGCUGCCGUUUCUAAAACCGCUGUAGCGCCUAUUGAGCGUGUUAAAUUGUUGCUCCAAGUUCAGCAUAUCUCCAAGCAAAUCGCUGAGGACAAGCGCUACAAAGGUAUGGUUGAUUGCUUCAUUCGUAUUCCCAGGGAACAAGGUUUUUUCAGUUUUUGGCGUGGAAACUUGGCCAACGUCAUCCGUUAUUUUCCCACUCAGGCACUUAAUUUCGCGUUCAAAGACAAGUAUAAAUCAGUAUUCCUUGGUGGAGUUGACAAAAAUACUCAAUUUGGACGUUACUUUCUUGGUAACCUAGCAUCUGGUGGUGCUGCAGGAGCUACAUCUUUGUGCUUUGUUUAUCCACUUGACUUUGCCAGAACCAGACUGGCUGCCGAUGUUGGUAAAGCUGGUGGAGAACGAGAAUUUACAGGUCUUGGAAACUGUUUGAAAAAGAUUUUCGUAUCUGAUGGUCUCUCAGGACUCUAUAGAGGAUUUGGUGUAUCAGUCCAAGGUAUCAUUAUCUAUCGCGCAUCGUAUUUCGGUUUCUACGAUACCGCUCGUGGCAUGCUUCCAGAUCCGAAGAAAACUCCAUUCCUUGUUUCUUGGGGUAUUGCACAGGUCGUCACAACCGUUGCCGGCAUCAUUUCAUAUCCUUUUGAUACCGUUCGUAGACGUAUGAUGAUGCAGUCCGGUCGUGCGAAAUCGGAAAUUCUGUACACAAGUACUGCUAACUGCUGGGCAACCAUCUAUAAAAGUGAAGGUAGUGGUGCCUUUUUCAAGGGUGCUUUCUCCAACGUUCUUCGUGGUACUGGUGGUGCUCUUGUACUUGUUCUUUAUGAUGAAAUCAAGAAUCUUCUUUAAGCUUUAACAAUGCAAAUAAAAAUAAUUAAACUAACAGGAACAAAAUUACCAUCAGAUAAUCUAUACCACUGAGAAGCGUUAAGAAAUUUAAAAAAAAAUGUAUAAACCAACUAUAAAACGGUCUUCACGUCAUAAUUACACAUCACUAUAUAUAUAUAUAUAUAUAUAUAUAUAUAUAUAUAUGAUAGAAAAUGUAAAAAAUGUGAAAAUGUUACACUCCAUAAUAUAAAACCGCCCUACAUUUCAAUUCCAUAUCAUUGUACCCUACAUAUAAAAGUAUAACAAAUAUUUAAAAAAAAAAUAUCUUGAA